AUAUACAAUAUCUAUAUAAGUGUAUAUCCAAAAGUUUCAUCAGUUAGAUCUACAAUAUCUAUGUCAGUUCAUAUCCAUUAUUUAUAACAGCUCUUUACAACACCUUUAUAUUAAUGUCUUUAUCCCAUAUUUAUAUCAAUUUAUAUCCAAUAAGUAAAUUAGUUUGUAUAAAAAUCUAGAUUUAUAUUUCCAAAAUAAUGAUUCAGAAUUAAAUCCAACGUUGAAGAGAAUGGCUAAAACCUUUCUAGACCGUGAGACAGAGAGAACAAUUGAGCAGUUUGAUAAACAAAUGGAUCAGUACUGCAAACUUUAUUUCGGAAAUUCAGCUUGUGAACUAUUUGAGAUUAAUAUUGCUGAACCUACACAGCACUUAGAACCAGAGAUACGGGUGGGAAAGAAGGAGGAUGAAGUUUACUGGAACACAGGGGAAAGUGAGUCCAUCUGCCUAGGUAAAAGAAAAAGAAAAAGAAAUAAUUUCUUUGAUCCCCAUUCCAAUACGAUUAUAUUGAUGGUCGUCUUCUUUAAAAGAAACAAAAAACCUUUGAUUAAUACAGGGUUAGCCACAAGGAAUUAUACUGCAAUGUCGACCUAGAACUCUUUCAAUAUGAUGAUGGCAGAAUUAAAUUAAGUCUUUUGUCCUAAACAUUUUCUUUAAAUGGCUUAUUUAUCGAUUUGACAAAUAACAAAACAAGUUUAAAGUUGCAAGGAAGCAUAAUUAUACGGAAACAUACACUAUAUAGAUUCUUUACAGAUGUCUCUGAAGUCUUGUCCUUUUGUGGCUAACCCUGCAGUAUAAUAUUCCUUCCUGAAUAAUACGAAUAUAUAAAUCUUAAAUUUUUAAUAACUAGAAAUUCAAGGCGCUUCGCGCCCUUCUUUCUAG